UAGCUAUAUAAGGGGUCGGCAGCUCCCGACGGCGCUCAGAGCGCACCGCACCGCACAGCACCGCACCGCCCUGCCCUCACACGACUCUGCUGCGGACCGGCCGGACGCGAGUGGCCCGACAGCGCUGACCCCCUCCGCCCCGGGCGAGCGGACAGGCGGGCGGAGGAGCCUCCGGCUGCAAGGCGUCCGUCGGUCCGGCCGUCCACCCGACCCUCCGUCCGGCAGCCGGCCAUGAACCUCGUCGCCGUGGCCGCCGUCCUGUUCCUCGUGUCCGCAACGGGCUCGGUGGCCGACGAGCCGGUCGGCGGCGAUGACCUGGGCUACUGGGGGGACUGGUCCCCACCGGACCAGGCCAAGGAGGAGCUCCCGGAUGUGUUCGAGCAUUUCCUGCAGAGGAUGGCCCGCAGACCAAAACCCCAGCAGUUCUUCGGGCUCAUGGGGAAACGCGACGCGGGGCCAGGCCAAAUGGCUCUUAAACGGCAUAAAGCGGAAUCCUUCGUCGGACUGAUGGGCAAGAGAUCGUUAAACUCGGGGUCGUUCGACAGGUCCGCGGCACAGAGCUACGAGAGGAGGCGUAAAUAGGGCCGGCAGGGCGAUUACGCGUUGACCCUCGUUCGUCCCGCUGUCCGACGGAGUGUGAUGUAAGACGCCCACUGGGAGGAAGAAUUAUUUAUUUCAGGAUGCCGAGUAUCGCUUUGCGUUGUAAAUUCAAUAAAAUGAUUAUUUUUCAUAUUGUGACCAAGAUCCCUGUCGUGCAAGAGUGUUACCGUUGUGGCAGGUGACGCUUUUGGGCGCAGCCCGUAAUCCCCGUCAAGCGCCGAGGCCCGGCCGCGAACCCCUUAGCCACCCAAAGCCACCGUCUCCGUCCGCUUCGGCCCCGGCGAAGAGCGAAGGACUCCAGCCUGCCGCCUCCCUCGUGAAUCCCCCGAUUUCCCGCGUACUGUCGUUCUGGUGAUCCAAAAUAUAUCUGUCUUUCUGCAGCAUG